AUGCCACGAACAGCUCGUAACCGCUCGCCACCACCAGAUAGCCACAUCGGACGUCGUCCCAAAGUGUGCGCUGCUUGUCGCAAAGUAAAGCACAAGUGUGUCCCCUCCAAUGUACCGGGACAGUGCGCGCGGUGCGUGUCGCGCACCGAGCCGUGCAACUACGGUGUGCCAGUGCAGGAAGAUGCGUGGAAGCAGUGGGCUACGCACGAGAUUCAGCGACUGAGCGAUGCGGUGUUUACAUUGGAGCGGCGUACGCGAGGAGAAGAUGCGUCCAGUCAAGAGGCUACUGAGCCCGAACCUGCUGGUCCAAGUCGCCCGACACCGAGUGGUACCUUUGCCACACCAGACUUUGCGGCCAUCACGACCAUCACCCAGCCAAGCGACAUCUACGGACUAGUUCCUGGGUCCGAGAGGCCGCCAAACAACCGCCAUGAGCCAGUCCUCAACUCUCUUCCAGAGAUUGGCGAGGCCGACCCACGCCCAAACGUCAUAUCAAAGAGCAUUGUCACAGCACCAGAGGCGCGUGCACUCGUGACCUACUUUCUACACACACUUGGGCAAAGUGGGACAUUCCACUUUGGCCUUUGCGUUGGGUCGUAUCCCCUCCUCUCGCGGCUCGAGGACUUGACCCCCUUUAUCAUGGGAACCAUAUGUCACGUGAGCGCACAACGAAUGCCUGCAUUCCACCACCUCAUAUCAGUGUUGGAGACUGACACUGUUCCUCCCGAGGUGGAGGAGGAGGAGGAUCCAACAAUCGACAUCGAGCUAGGCAUUGGGCCAGAGGAAAUCUCCGCACUCGCCCUCCGAGCAGUCUUCACUGGCGAUGCCGUCGCUUCCCGCUCGGGUCUUACCUGGGCGCGUGGUUUGGGCAAGCUUGACGCCUCGGGCGUGGCGACUGUCUCAAUGGCCGAACUUGUCGGGCUCAGUACACCACGACGACAACCUACCCGCCAGCAGUCGUUGCGCCUCAUCCUCUUUGCCUAUGUCUGCCGCGUCUACACCGCCGUGGUCACUGAUGACCCGGUGCCCGAGUUUGACCCACUCGACGUCAUUCACGAGUUCACUCAAGGAAUGGAUCGCGAGCUACAAGUACAAGAUGAGCCGCUGGUCAUGCACGCACAACUCACGCGGGUCUUUGCCCGGUUUUGCCUGUGGCGCCAACGUGGUCGAAACAGACGACAACCAGAACCAGAACCAGACUUUGACCAAGCCCUCAAAAAUCUCUAUCCCGAUAAUCUCCAUCCCGGCCUUGCAUUGUGGACCCCAAUAUUCUGGUACGCACGCCUGCGCGUGUUGCGCGAAAAACAAAACUCGGAAUGGCAACAGCACAUGGCGGCGUGCAAGGUGGUCGAGGCCCUCGAUGGCGUACAUUCCCAACUUGCCGGGCUCCCCCUCAUCUACCUCGAGGCGGCGCGUUUAGCCGGCACUGUCGUCCUCGACUCGCCUGGACGCGACGCGCCAUUGGACCAGCUCGAGCAGAUUGCAUUCGCUCUCCUAGCAAGUUCACUUCCUGCAGACCACCUUGCACCAAAGUAUGGCGCGUCGCUACUCGAACAUACACAGCGUGCGCGCAAUUCACUGGGCGGGCCUAGUACAUGUACAUUGCCCUCUGUUCCGUAUCACCACGACCCAAUAUGA